GAGUUUGUUACUAAGCUUAUUAUUUCUGACGGAAAGUACUUUGCAUUUGGAAGGGGCGUUUAACUCCAACAGGGUUGGUCAUGCAUGACUGAGUGUGCAAGGAGGUUUCGAGAGACUUACAUUGUUACUGACUAUUUUGCAGAUCAAAGACUGAAACAGCCAAGAUGUAUCCCGGAGGUGUUGGUGGUCUGCUGCUGCUCCUGUGUGUGGCUUCAUUCUCAGCUGGGACUGCAGCCCAGGUGUCUACGGAUGUGGCAGCAUCAUGUGACCGGAACUUCACCGCCCCCGUUGGAAACUACAGCUUAAACACCACCGGGCCCCGCAAAUGUACCUGGCAGAUCAGCCGUAACAACACCGGCCAGACGUCCAUCGUCUUCAGCCAGUUCCUGUUGGGCACGACGGACUACUUGGUCGUGUACGAUGGUGACGGAAACCACUCACAGGUCAUCAACGCCACAGGGAAGAAGGAUUCUUUUCUUGUGGUGGCCUUCUCUAAAAAAAUACGUAUUGAGUAUUCCCAGGCGUCAAACGUCACUGUAGGCCUGGCCUUCAGAUAUGACACCAAAGAUUGUCUCCUGGCCGCCGAGCUACAGUACGCUGGGAGGGUUUUCGCUCCCUUCUACCUGCCUGGUCAGGGACCCUUAACGUGUCAGUACCACAUCCUGGGGCUGCCACAAACACAAGACAAGGUCCUGGCCCUCAGCUUUACGGACUUCAACAUCGUCAGCGGCGUCCUCAACAUCACAGAUGGAAACAGCUUCAACUCCACCAAGGGGUCUGCUACUGCGGGGCUCCCUGAUGACUUCAUCGCCGCGGACAAGGAGGUCAACAUCACCUUCACCUUGGCCAAUUCCAGCAUCACGCAAACAUUUGUAGCUGUCUACACCAUGGUUGAUCAGUACUGCAGCACCAUUUUGAAUGUGGACAACAACUCCACCAUCUCUGUGAACGUGCCCGGAGACAGGUCUCCGCUGACAGACUGUCGCUGGAUCCUCCGUGCACAACCAGGGUACACGCUUCUGCUCAACCUGACCACACUCCGUUUGCUGCCAGGCGCUGACAAGGUCAUCAUCACCGACGGCGGGUCAAUGGCGUCACCACUGGUGUCCGAGAUGCAGUCUCUGCCCACUGAAGGUGACCUAGUGACCAGCUCUGGGAGUGAGUUGUGGGUGAGGCUGGUGGUCGGGGACGUACCGGGGGAUAGGACAUUGACUGUGCAUGUGUAUGAACAAGCCAACGGCGGCUUCUUCAGUGGCAGUGGCAACAUCACCUUGCAGCCCACCCUGGACAACAGCACCACCGCCGCCCUGUACUACCAGUUCUCUGCCCCGCUGGGUCAGCAGGUCCAGAUCACCAUGUCCACGAACAGCCUGCUCUACCCUCUGGCCUCCCUGGACUUCUACAGCGGCCUGCAGCCCAAGGCCCAACCUCUGGUGUCCUUCAUCACCGACACACAAGCAUUCCCAGUGACGUCGCCUAGCAACACGCUGCUGAUGGUGGCCAGGAACUUCAAUCAGAGGGAAAACUUCAGCCUGGAGUACCAGGCCGUGGACCAAAGUUGCAAUGUUGUGGCGUCUGGAACCAGGGGAGACUACUCUUUGACCCAGCAGGCUGACCCUGGAACACUGUGUCGCUGGACGGUCAGACCGGCAAGUCAGCAAGGUACCGUGUCUCUCCGAAUUACUAAACUGAGUCUGUCUGGUAAUGAGACUGUCACCAUCUACAGUGGGAUCAUGGAGUACGGUACGACCUUGGCAACCUUUGACCUGACCAACAUGGCCCAGCAGUUGCCCAAGUUCAGUGCUCCAGCUAGCAAGGGCAUUGAACUGGUGUACAAGUCCACCAACACCUGCAAAAACUGUACUUCCCCAGUCGUCAUGGCAACAUAUGCAGUGUCGCAAGGAGUGUGUGGAGGCCUGCUGACUGAGGCAGCUGGCCAGCUGACCAGCCCAGGCUACCCUGGACUCUACCCCCUCAACUCCGACUGUGUCUGGGACGUCACCAACACCACCACCAACACCACAUCCUCACAACUCUUCUACCUCUCCUUCAAAUCCUUCCAACUGGGUCAAGGUCACUUUGUCAGGGUCAAGGACACAUUCAAUGGUACUUCACAGGUGCUUGCCAAAUAUGGGGGGAUGAUGACACCAAACGACAUCCUUGUAGCAGAGGAGUCGACCAGCGUGGAGUUCACAGCCACAUCCCCCAAGACCGGCCCUUUCAACCCUGAACAAGGGUUUGCAGCAAAGUACUGGAAACUGGACUGUGGGGGAAACUUCACCACCAACGCUCCAACUGGGAAGUUCGCUACCCCUGGCUACCCCAAACCUGUGACGAAGAGCUCACUGUGUGUCUGGAUUGUGGAGUUACCUGCCCAUGGGGACAACAGCACUGAUCGCAACUCGGUGCAGUUCAAGCUGACCGUCACCAGGGCAGACAAGAAGCAGCUGGCGUUGUUGACGAUCCAUGAUGGAGGCUCCAUCAGGGACCCCCUCCUGCCGGUCGUCUUCAAGAAGACUCAGACUGGAAAUGUCAUUGCCCGCACCAACACCAUCCUGGUGAUGUACAACUACACUGCUACCACAGCCCAGGACGGAACCGGGAUGGGAUUCUCACUCACCUUCAGCGCCUUCAGCUGCAACAAGAGCCGGCAGUGCGGCGGGGCCGGCGUCUGCAUCCACCCUGACUGGGUGUGCAAUGGAGUUGAUGACUGCGGGGACAUGACCGAUGAGAAGAACUGUAACGGCACAAGCCCCGCUGACCGCGCUGGUCUGGUCAACUCGUACUGGGUUCCCAUCUGCAUCAUCCUGGGGCUGGUGUUUGGGGCCAUCCUGGCCUUCCUCAUCCCCGCCAUCUACCGCAGGAUCAAGUACCCCAACUACAGCCAGCUGCGUGACCUCAGUGCCCCUGUCGUCACAUAAUCACCUUCACCUUUUGACCUUCACCUUGUUGCAAGCUUGUUUCAGAAAGUAUAUGUUUAAUGAGAUUUCAGCUACGUGUGCACUUGGCACAUAUCCAGAGUAUUAUUGUCUCCAAAGUAUCAAGAGCUCUUCCUGCUUUCAAACAUGAUCAAGGAUGAAGAGAGAAAUAUUUUUAUAAUGAAGAUGAUUGCUUUACAGUAAUGUACAUACUUGUGCAUACUUCUAUUCAGGAUAGCAACUGUUUUUACAAACUGACAUCACUGUAAUAUCACUACUACAAAAAAAGAACAUCUUCUGGUGAUGGAUCAUAAUUUAGUGAAACUGUCUUGCAUCAGUCAGUGAUCUGUUAACCUGCCAAUCAUUUCACAAGCAGUCAUGGUAGCGUCAACCGUUCGGUAUUGUUCCUGCUAUUUUGUUUAUAGAACUUAUUCAUUUUUUAACUAAAAUAGUUAUUUUGCUAGUUUAGUCUCAUGUUAGCAUGAGGUUUUUAAGCCAUCCUUUAGUUAUGGUUUCCUGGCUGGGAUGGUGGCUCCUCAUCAGAUGGUUACCGUAUUCAACGUAAUAAGCGCCCCGCACUAAUAAGCACCCACAGCGAUAUUUGCUAAUGUAUUGGCUAGUCAACAAUCCCAAUUAGCACCCCUUCCGAUUGAUCAAUGUACACAAGACUUAUUUAUUGGUGUAAAAUACUCAUUUGUGUGUUAUAUGCACCCUUAAUUAUGGGCAAUUAAAUUCUGAAAAAAUAUAAUCUGUCGUGUAUAAUACGCACAGACUUUUUUAUGGUUUCAUUUCAGGCUAUCAGCAGAAACCACGAAAUUUACGAUCUUUCAAAUCUGUUUUUUAUUUUCACCAAAAUUUUAACUAAUAAGAGCCCCCUAAUUUCUAAUUUUGAGAGCACCCUGGGCGCUUAUUAUGGUAUUUCAGAAUCUCAGCCCCAACCCUAUAUGCUCAUGGUUAGAGUCGCUGCACUGAUCACUGUCGUAACGGAUACGACUUUUGUACCUGGUGAAACAGAUAUACACCGUAGUGUACCUGCAUUUACCAGUAUCUAGUACCAUGUACCCAUGUUUAAACUCUCUCCAGAACAGCAGGAGGUUUUCUGACAAUCGCCAGUGGAAACAAGUGGUGGACGUUGUUGUCAUUCCAGUGGUGUAACGUCUUGUGACAACUUCCUGUCAUCAGACACUCUUCAGCCUUCAGUCACAGGAUCAGGAGACUUGGUACGUGGAAGAGUGGUGCCGAGAGUGGUACUCAUUACGACAAUGACGGAUUCGGCGAUUAUAUUAUUAAUCAAGAAUACUUACUGCCUGUUACUUAAACAUUCCAUCAAGCAGAUAUAACAUGUGUUUUUUGUAAGCAGUUGCGCAGUAGUUAAAAACAUGAUGUGUGGUAACAACUGAAGAAAAGAUCUGUUGUACCCCAUGGUUGUAUUUUGAAAGGUUAGUUGUAGCUGUACUGCACAUCAUGGGUUUCAGCAUAGAUUCAAGAUAUUUCAUGGGUUUGGAUUACUUGCAUGUCUCCUGUUCACCAAAUGGUGAACAACCUCUGUAGGACGCAGUCCGUGUUCAUUGCUGGUGAUAGCUGUGUUGUUUUAUAUAUGUUUGGAAAGGAAUAGUAACAUUUUGAAAAGCAUUGUUCAUUCUGGUUUUGAAGAGAAUAACUUUAUUUGUGUUUAGAAAGAAAUUCCAGUUUCACUGUAUGAUUUUGUUUGUGUCAAAAGUGUUGGAUGUGGUUCAUGUUGGACUCCCAGGAUGGACAGAGAUGGUCCAGUGUGUGUGUUUGACAUUUGCAAGGGUUGGAUUCAUAAUGAAAGUUAAAGUGGUUCACUUGCAUCAACAAGGCAAUGUGUACUGCAGACUAUUGAGACAAGAGUGUGGCCCAUGCUGGGUUUACCAGGACUUGGAGGUGGGGAUGGAGCAUGCCUCUGAGGAACAGUUCAUGGACUGUUCACUGUUUCCGAAGUCUGGGAAACAUCCAUGCUUGCUGGUGCUAGUAAUCACAACGUCAGUGUUGACAAGAAAGCUGCUACUUCAAGAAGUCUUUUCAGAUAACUUUCAGUUUUUUAAGAAUUCUCUAGCUUGGACAUUUUGUAAUUGCUGUUGCUUAGGACAGAGAAUCUGCUAAAUGUUUAGUACAGCGAAACGUCUUGUGCUCUCUACUCGCACAUAUCAUGUAAUCUGCUCAAGACAACUACAACAUGAUGUUAUUUGAGCAGUAUACUGAGGAGUAUUCCAGCUAUAUGACGACAGUCUGUAAAUAAUCGAGUCUGACAGUCCAGUGAUUGACAUCAUGAGCAUUGAUCCAUGCAAUUGGGAUACGACAAGCACAGUUGCCAUUAAUGACAAGCAUGGGUUGCUGAAGACCUAUUCUACCCCGGAUCUUUACGGGGACACCAUGAUGUACUGUGUCCGCCAUCUUGUACCUCCAUCAGCUGUAUUCUGAGGGGAGUUCCUGUUUGUUGAACACUGGUCAUGAUGGUGAGACUGCCUCGGCACUAGAUGCUCCUCAAGAGAUGAUGCUCCAAACACCCUAUCUUGGAUCUGUUGGCUGUUUUUGUUGACAAUUAGUUCAGGUUUAGAAGAAUGUUCAAAAGUGUUUUCUCAGAAACCAUAUCGACCAGAGAGUCCUUGGUAGGUUAUAACACCUGGAUUCACUGUUGUCAUAUGUCUUGAGUAAUGUUUCUCAAAAGCCUAUUUUCUCUGGUUGAAAUGUAGUUCUGCUGCCACAGUGUCUUGUGAUAUUUUACGAAGGUUUACAUCUACUAAUAACUUUGAUUUGUUUUGUUUCAAUGACUUUUUAGCCCAAAUGUUAGUCAGUUUUCAUUUUAAAAGCAUAAUAUGUUGUGUCUGAAAAGUUGUUAAGUUCCUGGUUAUACAUCACAUCUUUCAAGGCAAUGCUAUAUAUACCAGAUGCUGUAUCUGAUGACAGUUCCAUGAUAUAUACACCUAGAAAAAUGCUGAGCAACACAUUUGUUUUUAUAUAGCCCAAAUUUCCCAGUGACCUUUGGAAACAUCUUCAUUGAUCUGUUUACUACAUGUCUAAGCUAGCUCAGAUAGCUGUGACAACUUGGUAAAGAAACAACACUGUAUGUUGUUCUUGACACACACAAACAACGGUCCACAUCAGGUGACACCAAGACGCUGAGGAAGAUAUUGAAAUGGUAGUCACAUAACUGUUGGCAGGGAACAUUUACAAAACACGUCCGUACUUCAUUGUUUUUGUUGCCUGUGUUUCAAUACUUAUAUGUUACUUUGUAUAUAAAAUCAGGGCGGUUGGAUAGCCUAGUGGUUAAAGCAUUCGCUCGUCACGCUGAAGACCCAGGUUUGAUUCCCGACAUGGGUACAAUGUGUGAGGCCCAUUUCUGGUGUCCCCCACCGUGAUAUUGUUGGAACGUUGCUAAAUGCGGCGUAUAACGAUAUUCAAUCACUCACUUGUAUACAAAAUCAAAUGUAUUCAACAAUGAUUAUCUUGUAUGAAAUAUAGUGUGUGCGGUGCUUAACAUUUUUCCAGGUGUAUAAAUCAGAUUGUCUACAGGAUGUCUGGUAGUAUCUUUUUGUUUAUUUUGAAUUUUCCUUGUUCUUGUUAAAUACACCCAGACAUGAAUCAAGUCUUUUUUUGCACUUUACAGACUUUUUGCUUCAUCAAAUUUAUGUGUAUGAGUUGUUUUUGUUGAGCUUUUGUUUAGCUUUUGUUUGAUGCUGUUUUUUUCAUGCACCCUGAUGUUUCACAACUCAUGUAUUCAAUUGUACUUCUCCUAGAUUGGCCAUGGUUAUUUUGUCAAUACAUUCUGCACACCCAAGACACUUUUGUGAUAUGAAUUUGAUUUGUCAUGUUUUUAUUCCCAUGUUUCAAACAGCAUCAGGUGUUGGCACUACUGCAACUUUAGCUUGUACAAGUGAUUUUGAAAAAUGGAACACAGUGAGAUCCUUCUUAUCGAGAUUAACACAACCUCCUAACUAUUUUAUAUCUGGAGUUGGGUCUGUACCGUCCUUCACUUAAAUGGCUACAUAUUCUUAAAUGUAUAAGUAUUUUUAGUUAAGCAUCCAUAUCAGAGGGACGUCCUUAUGACCCCAUGUUAGACAUUUUGGGCAUCUCUUGAUUCAAAUACACAGGAAACCUCGCUGACCCUGGGCCUGUCUCAAACACUGACCCACAUGACUCCACUUCAGUUAACCUGAUAUGAUUUAUUCGAUAUACUUUGAGAUCUUGUCAAAUGUUUGUGCAAUGACUGAAACCCCCAGUCACCCAGACAUAUACACAUUCACAGUUGUCUGGAUAAACAGGAUUCCACUGUUGAUUUCAUGAUUCCCUGAUGUGUGUCAUGAUCUGAAUAUAUAUGUUGAUCUGUGUUAUGGCAUGUGCAGGGUUAAUAAUGGGGAGAGUUGUUAUCUCAAGUGCUUAUUUUCAUCAUUGUAUAUUUUGAUAAUAUAAAUAAACAUUCAUAUUAUCACAA